AUGCUCCAGACGGCUGGCUGCAAUCACGUCAUCACAAUGGACCUUCAUGCGUCACAGAUUCAAGGAUUUUUCAAUAUCCCGGUUGACAACCUGUAUGCGGAGCCGAACGUGGUGAGAUGGAUACGGGAGAACCUGCCGGUGGACAAGUGUGUGAUUGUUAGUCCGGAUGCGGGCGGAGCGAAGAGAGCAACGUCCAUCGCCGAUCGUCUCGACCGGACCUUCGCACUCAUUCACAAGGAGCGACCGCGGCCGAACGAGGUCGGGCGCAUGGUGCUCGUCGGCGACGUGGAGGACAAGAUCGCAAUUCUCGUGGAUGAUAUGGCCGAUACAUGCGGAACGCUGGCCAAGGCCGCGCAGACAGUAAAGGACAACGGCGCCACGGAGGUUUUGGCGAUUGUCACGCACGGCAUCUUGUCGGGCAAUGCUAUCGAAACACUCAACAAGAGCUGCCUGUCCAGGAUCGUUGUGACCAACACGGUACCGCUUGGUGACAAGCUGGAGCGGUGCCCGAAGAUCCGGGUGAUCGACGUCAGUGCGACGAUUGCAGAGGCGAUCCGAAGGACGCACAAUGGAGAGAGCGUCAGCUAUCUGUUCACGCAUGCGCCGGCAUGA